UCAAAUCUUUAUGAAUAUUAUCAAUCAGUUAUUAGCAGGAGCGAAUUGUAUAACGAAUUCAUCAACAAUUUAGUAUUUAGACUCAAUUUCCAGAUGUGUAACAACAAUAAGAAUGUAAUCCCACAACCAAAAGAGAAAGAAGAAUAACUAAAUUUACUUUAAAAUACAAUUUUCUCUAAUUUGGUAUUUAUGAUUCUUAAAUAAUUAGCUCAUGGCAUCAUAAAUGAAAACUGUCUAACAAUCACAAUCUUAAUAAUUAGCAGUUGUACCAAAAUCAAAAAAGAUGUAUCUAUUUCUAUAUAUCGUUUUAGAAGUAAACGUAACAAUAAUUGUGGACAUCCUGAAAAGGAACAUUAUGCAAAAGGUAUGUGUAAUAAUUGUUAUCACAAAUAUGGUAGAACUAAGAAACCAUGGAUUUGUGGACACGAUAAAUUAUAUGCUUGUAAUAAUUAUUUAUUUAUUAACUAAUAGAAGGUUUAUGUUAGAAUUGUUACAUAAACAAAUAUAAUUAAAAGAGAAGGGAAUAAGGUGAUAAUGAAAUUCUCAAAUAAGAAAUUCCAAACCAAUUCUAAUUAGAACAAUAAUAAUCAUGA